AUGUUCUCUUCUUCAGCAUCAAGACUUCUCAGAUUCGCAAGGCCAUCUCUUCCAACCACCACCACUACAAGCUCAAUCCGAAGCUUCUCUCGCACAUCAGCAGCUAUGGGUGUCACCAAGACUGUUCUCAAGGAGGGCGAUGGAGCUAUCCCCAAGGUCGGAGACAGAGUCACCAUCGAGUACACUGGUUAUCUCAAGGAUACCUCCAAGCCUGAGAACAAGGGCGACAAGUUCGAUUCAUCCAUUGGCCGUGGAGCCUUUGUCACAGAAAUCGGCAUUGGCAGAGUCAUCAAGGGUUGGGACGAAGGUGUCACCACCAUGAAGGUCGGCGAGAAGGCCACACUGGACAUUACCAGCGACUUUGCAUAUGGCGACCGUGGUUUCCCAGGUCACAUCCCAGCUAAGGCUGAUCUUAUCUUCGACGUUGAGCUUCAAAAGAUCAACUAGAGGAUUCUAGACCGCCUAUGCCCAUCGCCAAUCUUUAAUACUGGAGAGAAAGCGAAACGGAAUCGCGGGGUUCAGGAUGACUUAGAUGCCGAAGAUUGACCGCUUCGAGAAGAGCGCUAGAGCCGCCACGUCGUUUGAGUCCAGGGUUGCUCUGCUCACUCGGUGAGUAGCUUUGGUGGAAUAUUAAUAUGAAGGGGAUGAAAGCAGAAUCUUAUCAUAAGCCAAAAAUUGCCA